CGGACGGACCGCGGCAGAACCUCCUCGCUAAGACCAGACGCUACAAGGUUGCGAGAGGGACUGUAAAGGACGCGGACAUGCUGUGGACCGUACUUAUACUUGUCAUUAGUUGUCUGGUGUCACCGCCGUGUGUGUCCGCGCAGACACGCACACGCAGCGCUGUCAGGAAGCUCUACGUACUUCAGCCCGGGUCGGGUCCAGGACCGGUUCUUGGUCCCGGUCCCGGGCCGAGCUCGACGGGGGCGACCCGCGGGAUGUUAGUCGGUUCGGUUUCACGGCGUCACGCCGCGUCUUACAACGUGGAACUCGGCCAGGAGGUUCGCGCCCGCCGGACGGAGAUGCAAGCCUCGACAUCCCAGGAGUCCAUUGUUCGACACACCGAACCGAACCAACACAAGCAGAUCCUCAAGCAGUUUGGAGUGAAUGUCUGUGGAGGUCAGUGCUGUCACGGAUGGAGUAAAGCACAAGGAUCCCAGCGAUGCACAAAGCCAAACUGCAUCCCCCAGUGCCAAAACAAAGGAAUGUGCCUUAGGCCUCAGCUCUGUGUCUGCAAGCCUGGCUCAAGCGGGAAGGCAUGUGAGCAGAAGACUGUGCCCACACAAACCCUUCCAGCACAGCCUGGGAAAGGAGCGACCAAUGAUCACAACAGCAGUCCUGUAAAUGGACACAACGCUGUACCGCAGCGUCCCAUACCUCAGCAAGUUCUGCCUGAUGCUUAUGACCUGCCCCCACCACAGCCUGACAACAUCGCUCAAAUGAAACUGACUGUCAAACCUUCCCCACUGCUUGUACGGCCAUAUUAUACCCAGCAACACAUCCAACAGCAGAUGCUGUCCAUGCCCAUGCAGCCUGGCCAGCAGUACGUCAUAAAACCCAAAUAUUACCAUGCACACACCACCCACACACAGACGCACAUUCAACCUCCACUUGCAAGGCCAAUCCCUCUAACAGGACAUCACCCAUUACAAGCAGCGGGAAACCACACAGGAAGGAUCAAGGUGGUGUUCACACCCACCAUCUGCAAAUUCACCUGUAUGGGCGGCAGAUGUCACAACAACUGCGAACAGGGAAAUACGACAACCAUCAUCAGCGAGAAUGGCCAUGCCACUGAUACACUGACAGCACCCAACUUCAGAGUAGUGGUGUGUCAUCUGCCUUGCAUUAAUGGUGGCAAGUGCAGCGCCAGAGACAAGUGUCAAUGCCCUCCAAACUUCACUGGAAAGUUCUGCCAGAUUCCAGUUCAGGGCGGACACCAACAGCACCAACAGACUUCAGGCAGCUACAGUCAAACUCAGGUCCAUUCCACACACACCUUGCCUCUGACCUACAGCAACGGUGCUGGAUUCAGCCCCAACAUAGUAAAAAUCCAUAUCAAGCAUCCUCCUGAGGCGUCUGUCGAAGUCCACCGGGUGUCUCAGCUGGACAACUACCACAGUAAUGGACACAAUCCCAAAAGUUCAGGCUCCUCUUCGUCCUCCAGCUACAGCUUUCAUCACUCUGAAAGCCAGCAGAAGAUCCAACACCAUGGCUACAACGUUGUCUAUCCAGGCCAGCACGGUGACCAGGUUCCUCAGUACCAGCCCGUUUCCUCUCAGAGCAUGUUGGGCCGCUGCUUCCAGGAAACUGUUGGUAGUCAGUGUGGAAAGGCUCUCCCAGGUCUGACGAAGCAGGAACAGUGCUGUGGUACCAUUGGGACAUCAUGGGGCUUCCACAAAUGCCAGAAAUGUCCAAAGAAAACAUCUAUUCCUCUGAUCGACUGUCCUCAGGGUUACAAGAGAAUCAACAGCACUCAUUGCCAAGCCAACAUAUCUGCCGUUCAAGAGGAGAAGGGAGCUUGCUUCCGUUUGGUGAGCUCGGGGAGGCAAUGUUUGCACCCAGUGUCUGCUCAGCUGAGCAAGCAGCUCUGCUGCUGCAGUGUGGGCAAAGCCUGGGGACCACAUUGUGACAAAUGUCCCCCUCCAGGAACAGCCAUGUUCAAAGACAUCUGUCCUGGGGGAAUGGGCUACACUGUUCUUCCAAAUCCACCUGCCAAUAAGCCAGUUACAGUGAACCAGAAGCCCACGGACCCACUGACCCCACGCCCACUGCCGACACUCGACAAACCAGUGGUGGUUUUUGGGACACAAGAAGAGAUUGUACCAGAGAUUGUUGAGCAGAGUUCUCCUCCUGUUCCAGUGGAGGUUUUCCCUUCUAAUGCAGGCCAGAACAUCGCUCCAACCCAGUCUGCAGAGGUGGACGAAUGCCAGAUCAACCCGUUUAUUUGCGGUCAAGGGAUUUGUUACAACAAAGCAGAAGGCUACACUUGCCACUGUCAUGACGGAUACCGCUUGAAUGAAGCCCUGACUUCCUGUGUGGAUGUAGAUGAGUGUUUGGAGAGCCCAUCUUUGUGCUCUGGUGGUCUUUGCCAAAACUCAGAGGGGAGUUUCCUGUGUGUGUGCCCUCAAGGAUUCCUGGCUGAUGAAGACGGAACCAGUUGUGUUGAUGUCGAUGAAUGCACAAACAGGAUGGUGUGUUCGUCAGGUAUCUGCAACAACACACCAGGAGGUUACAACUGUGGUUCUUGCUAUUCUGGGUUCUUGGCACGGGAAGGCCAGUGUGUAGAUGUAGACGAGUGCCAGGAUCCGCGUGUCUGCACGAGGGGCCACUGUGUGAACACUGAAGGCUCCUUCAUAUGCCAGUGUGGACCAGGCUUCAAAGUGUCUCUCACUGGAGAUCAGUGUGAUGAUGUGGAUGAGUGUUUUGAGGAAGCCGAGCCCUGCGAGUCUGUUGGGGAGUGCCAAAACAACGUAGGCUCCUACAUUUGUAUCUGCCCUCAAGGGUACAGACGAAUCAACGGCCCCAACUGCAGAGAUGUUGAUGAGUGUGUCGAUGAGCCUGAACUCUGCUCCCCCCAUGGAGAAUGUCUGAAUACUGACGGGUCCUAUAUGUGUGUGUGUGGGAGUGGAUUCACUGCUAGUCUUGACACACCCUCCUGUGAAGAUAUCGAUGAAUGUGGACUCAAUGAGACAUUGUGUGGUCCUCACGGGUUCUGUGAGAACAGACUGGGUUCUUUUCGAUGCCUCUGUGACCAGGGCUACCAGGAAACCCAAGAUGACCAAGGCUGUAUAGAUAUUAACGAGUGUGAGUUGCUCAGUAGCAUCUGUGGAGAUGCCCAGUGUGUAAACGUGGAUGGUUCUGUCCUGUGCACGUGCCCCGCUGGUCAAAAAUAUAAUGUCAUGGUUGCCAAGUGUGAACCCAUCCCAACAGCUUUGCCGAUAGAGCGCAAGGAGUGCUACUUCCGCCUGAAUGACGAGAACUUGUGCGAGAGCGUGCUCACCACCCACGUGACGCUGCAGGAGUGCUGCUGCACACUGGGAGCCGGCUGGGGGGACAACUGUGAGGUUCAUCCUUGCCCUGUCAACGGCACAGACCAAUUCCAGGAGAUGUGUCCAUCAGGAAAAGGUUUCAUUCCCAGUGGAGAUUCGCUCUAUGAAGUCCCGGCAGUUGAAAGCUACAAAAAUGCAGAUGAGUGCACACUGUUUGGCCAGGAGGUUUGCAAAGGAGGCUUUUGUCUGGAUACUGAUGGCAGCUAUGAGUGCUACUGCAAGACAGGACAGGAUUACGACCCUUCGAAACUGGAAUGUAGAGACAUAAAUGAGUGUGCGGACGAGUCGUUGUGUCUUGGAGGAAAAUGUUUGAACACAGAAGGAUCCUACGUUUGUUUCUGCACACAUCCCAUGGUGCUGGACCCCGGCAGCAAUCGCUGCAUCUUUGUUCCUGAGGCGGCUGAGCAACAUGAAGGAGAACAAAUCGACUUCCAAGGUAUCUGCUGGCAGAAGGUGACAGAAUCCAUGACGUGCACGCAGCCGCUGGGUGCCGACAGGAAGACGACGUUCACCGAGUGCUGCUGUCUCUUUGGAGAGGCGUGGGGCAUGGAUUGUGCCUUAUGUCCCACCAAAAACACUGGUGAUUAUGCUUCCAUGUGUAACCUUCCUAUGAGUGCUGGACGCCAUCCUUACGGCCGGGAUGCUCUUGUUGCUGGUCCCGUUCAUGAAUAUGAAGUGAGCCCGGACUACUCGCCAUCACCUGAUCAGCAGUCUGCCUUGUCAUUUUAUGACAAUGAGGAGUAUCCAUACAAGCCAUUUGAAGGUUUGAGAGCAGAGGAGUGUGGGAUACUGAACGGCUGUGAGAACGGUCGCUGUGUUCGAGUCCAGGAGGGUUACACCUGUGACUGCUUUGAUGGCUACACACUGGACCUGUCCCAUAUGGCCUGCAUCGAUGUGAACGAGUGUUCGGAACUGAACACGCGCAUGUCGCUGUGUAAAAACGCAAAGUGCGUCAACACGCUGGGUUCCUACCAGUGUCAAUGCCUCCCCGGCUUCACCGCCUCGGAAAAAGCCAACUACUGCGUGGCGACUGCAACCGGGAUCAAGCAAGACCAAAGGUCGACACGCACACAGUGAAUGUGGACGGACUUGAGUGGACAACAAGAGACUCUGAGACCCUAAAACGCCGUCAUGGCGGACACGAACUAACAAGGCAAAGUUCCAGCAUUAUGUACACUUUUACCACUUUUAUCUUCUGUUUUAUUUAAUACUUUUGAUGAUAUUGUGUCUGUUUUUCAGUUCACUCAAUUCUACUAUAUUUACCGGUGAGCGAUUAUUACAAAUGGUAAUCAUGAUUAAUUGCAUGUUUUGUGCAAUUAAUCACAAUGUAAUGAUUAAUGUAAAAGUAGUACAUUUCUCAGUCAUUUAAAAACAAAACAAAAGUGCAAUAACGUUUGGUUUGCAACAACUAAUGUGCUUUUUAACUGCGGUAUUCUUUUUACUAUUUCAAAUACUAUGUGUAUUUCUAACUUAAAACCUCUUAAGGCCCAAGCUGUUUGUUUACAUGCUUUUUUUUUUUUUUUUUAUUCCUCUUUGCUAUUUGGGCUUAUUGGACCCUAAUUAGAAUAAAAACUAAGAAUCAUCUUUUGAUAUGAUGUACUUAGUCCAUAAGUAAUAAACGUGUACUUCAUGUUAAGUGACAUGCUAAUUCUUAUUUUUACACUUUUUUUCCCCAAAUUUCAUUGUAUGUUAUACUCUUCUGACACCACCAGAUGGCAGUAUAAGUGUCCACAUAAGUGGCCAUAAGACCCCAAUUCAGUACUGUACACAAUUUUGGAAAUAAGAGCUAAAAGGUGCUGUCCACGCAUGUGGCCAACUCAGCCUUUAGAGGUUUUAAACAAGAAUGGAAUCAAACAAAAUAAAUAAGCUUAGAGACGUCCCGAUACGAUAUUGAUAUCAUUCUGAUAUGCACAAAAAAAUGAUAUCGGCUUGCGUAUAAAAUGUCCGAUACAAGCAGUCCCGCAGCGUGUUUACUAUCUAAAUGUCCUCCAAUAAGCACAUAAGGUUGGUCUUUUUCUUGUGUUUUAGUCAAGUUGUUUACAAAAAGUAAACAUGGUAGGCUAUAGGCUACUGUGAGCUAGCGUCUACAAAACAGCUAAGCACACAAUAGCACACAAGUUAGAGGUACUGUAUGUAGUAAGUGUCCUUCAUUGAACAACAUUGCAGUCUAAAGCGUGUCGGCAUCAUUUACUUAAUGUGUCAGGAUCUUAACGUCAUGAAUUGUUAUUUGCCACUGGGAGUCUCAUAAAAACGAUACCCAUUAUUUUUUUAAAUGUUGCCUAUCGUUCACAAUCAUUAUGGGAGACAAGAACACUUUUCUUUUUCUUUUUUAUGCAUUCUAACAAAAGUCACCUAAUAAUAGAGGUAAUAGGAUUUACUCUACUGCCUAGAAAGCACUCUAAAAACUUCCAUUAACGUUUUAUGUACACACUGUAAGUAUACAUGUAAUGCAGUAACAGGCACAUUCAUAACAACAUGUAAUAUUUACCUAUUUUGCACAUUUUAAGCAUACAGGGAGGCGCAUUAAUUUCACAGACGCAUCACAACGUUUUCUUUUUCCUUGAAAACAAAAAUAACAACUACUACUUAUAAUGACAGACUUCAUGAGAAACAACAAAAACUACUUUGGGACAAAUAAUGAGCCAGAACCUUAUAUUUUUGAGCCUGAAUAUACAGAGGAUGUUUUAGAAGCUGAGUGAUAAGCAGAUCCAGCAAGUAGCACUAAAGCCACAUGCUAAACAAAAGAUACAAACAUAAUGAAAUAAUCACUUACUGUACAAUGUCUGCUCUCACUGGGAUUAAUAUCUUACCGUUUAAAUGAAGAAUUAUUAAUAAUCUUCACGCAGGUAAAAAAAAAAAAAAGGAAAAUCUUUUCAUUUCUUUCUCGCCAUCUAAGUUGAAUUUCUAUACAAGUGAGAGGUUAUGAUUUAUAAUCUAAAAGGAACUUUUACCAACUCGGAGAUGAUGCAACAGCUCACUGGCUCAAGAUGUCAAUAUAGCAGCAUAAGCUAGUUGUGAUCACAGUACAAAGAAAAUUUGUUUGUCUGCGUUAGCUCUUAUAACAUCAAUAUCGUUAAUAUUUAAGUUAAGUUAAAGUUAAAGUACCCAUGAUUGUCACACACACACUAGGUGUGGCGAAAUUAUUCUCUGCAUUUGACCCAUCACCCUUGAUCACGAGUUCAAACCCCGGCCGAGUCAGACCAAAGACUAUAAAAAUGGGACCCAUUACCUCCCUGCUUGGCACUCAGCUUUAAGGGUUGGAAUUGGGGGUUAAAUCACCAAAAAUGAUUCUUGGGCGCGGCCACCGCUGGUGCUAACUGCUCCCAGGUUGCGAGAUGUAAAUGGAGUAUUGUUGGCGUUUUUUUUAGGUUUUUUUAGAGGGCUUUAUGGGCGUAAUAGUGUACUCCCAUUAGCUGCAUUGUUAGCCACUUCGUACUUGCCGUAUCUAAUGACUUAAAAUGAAUUUAAAAAAGAAGAACGUGUGUUCUUGUCUUACAUAAGGAUUGUGAAUGAUGGGCAACAUUUAAAAAAAGUGCAGUUCCCUUUUAAAGGCAGCAUAAGUCCAUUCCAGAUGGUUAAUAAUAAAUAGGUGAGUGUUUUUCAUAUCUCCUGUACCGUGUUCUCUGUUUGACUAAUUUCACAGGACAUUUUCUAUCAUUCCACACUACAAAAUAAUAAAAGUAUGUAUGAAUAUUGCUGAUAUCGUAUCGGAUCAAUAUCGGUAUUUGCCAAUAGUCAAUAUCGGUAUUGUGACAGAAGUGAAAAAAGAAUGUAAAAGUUGUAUCGGGACACCCCUACUAUUUGACAUUGCCUGCCAAAGGCAGUGUAAGUAAAUACAGUGCCAGUAUUGCCAAAAUGGAUACUAACUUUUUUUGUUUAUUGACAGUUUUUAAGCUCAUUUAAUUAUUUUGUGUUAUGUUUGAAUUUGUUGAUCAUGAUUUUAAACCCAGGCCAAAUAUUUUCUGAAAACAGAACAAAAAUUGUCUCAAAAAACGUAAAUUAGAACACACGAGGUCCUCAGGUUACGAACAAGUUUUGUUCAUCUGACACUUUAUGUCCCCAAUUUCAGUGUAGGUGGGAACUUAUACGGAUAUGAAUACACAGUACACAGAACACAUAAAGUACUGUAAUAAAAAUAUGAAAUACAUAAAUGACAUGAAAGAGUAAUAAAGAACGAUUCCUAAUCCAUCUUGGCUAAGAUGCCAUCUUCAUGAUGGUCUUUAUGAUGGUCACAACAGUUGAGCUCAUUUUCUCUUCUAUGGUGAUGGCUUUCUUUUUCUUUGGCACACUGCCACCUUAUGCUUGGGAGACAUAUUCAAGUGCCAAAAAUGUAUAAUAAUCGAUCCUCAUUGUAGCUGUGUGUGUGGAUCAUGAUGAAUUGAACUCAUUUUCAAGCAAAUAUUGGGCAACAAUAUUUUUUUAAAUAACUCAAUGAGAGCGCUUUCGUCAACACGGAAGAAACAUUGUAAAAAGAGAACCACCUAUAUAUAAAUAGAACAAUGUCACUAUAUCAACAAGUUUUCCCUUUUGUCACAUACGAUUGUUUGAACCAAAUAAAGUACAUCAUCCACUUUG